GGAAGCAGGAAGCUGUACCGCCAGUGGCCAUGUAGUUAACUUGUGGAAUAUUUACCCUGACAUCUGACAAAUAUAACAUUUUAUCAACUGCACCACCUCUGGAAACAGAGUAUUUUCUCAACUUCUCAUCCAAUUACGAGUUUCUUCAAACUGGUGGACAGGGGCAGUUCUGUGAUGGGUUGUCUCACCUGUAAAAGAUGCAUGUGUGCCGUUGUGUUAGUACUGAUUCUGAUAGCGAUAAUCAGUCUGAUACACUUUCUGAUACCCCUGAGAUCCCCUGAGACCCCUGAGACCCCUGAGACCCCUGAUAACUGCUAUAAAAAAGCAGCAGUGGCAGCAGAUGCUGAGACUUGCUCUGAGAUUGGAAAGGACAUGUUGAAGCGUAAUGGUUCAGCUAUUGAUGCUGCUAUCGCCGCUCUGCUGUGUGUGAGUCUGUUUAAUGCUCAAAGUGUGGGCAUCGGAGGAGGGGGAGUAUUCACCAUAUACAAUCCAUCAACAGGAAAGGUGGAGACAAUAAAUGCGAGAGAAACUGCUCCAAUGAGUGCUUCACAGGACAUGUUUGGCAAAGACCCAAACGCAAACCCAGGAUUAUUUAUAGGUACACCAGGACUGCUGCGUGGUUAUGAGUUGGCACACAAAAGACACGGGAGACUGCAAUGGAAGGAGCUAUUUGAGCCCAGUAUAAAGCUGGCAUUAGACGGAUUUCAGAUCGGCAAGGCCUUGGCCUUAGCCAUCAAUGAGGAUAGUGGCAAAAUUCUGAAUAGUCCAGCAUUGUGUGAAGUUUUUUGUGGCUCAAACAACAAGAGCAUCUUAAAGGAAAAUGACACAAUAAGAUUUAUCCAACUAGCUCAUACCUAUAAGAAGAUAGCAGAAGAAGGACCAGAUGCAUUUUACGAUGGGUCACUGACUCAGGAUAUACUGGAUGAUAUCAAGGCUAAAGGAGGGAUAAUAACACACGAGGAUCUAAAGGGUUAUAAGCCAGUGCUGAAUGAGCAUGCAUUAAACUUCACUGUGGGGAAAUACAUAUUUCAUGCCCCGGAUGCUCCAUUCGGUGGACCUGUGCUCGCUCUGAUACUCAACAUACUCAAAGAUUACAACUUUUCAAGAAGCAGUGUGUCCACAACGGAGAAUAAGAUUUUGACCUAUCAUCGUAUGAUAGAGGCUUUCCGCUUCGCUGAUGCCCAGAAGAGUAAACUGGGAGACCCUGAUUGUGAAGACCUCACUGAGAUUAUAAAAAGAAUGACCUCAGUGAGCUUUGCAGACAACAUAAGGAGUAAGAUUAAAGAUGACUUCAAACAAAUCAGUUACUUUGAGCAAGAGGACAGUGAUGGUGUACCUGCAUAUGACCAUGGCACAUAUCACCUGUCUGUCCUCGCAGAAGAUGGGAGUGCAGUGGCCGUCACCAGCAGUAUCAAUAACAAUUUUGGUUCUGGAGUGAUGUCACGCUCAACAGGCAUUAUAUUUAAUGACGAAAUGUCUGAUUUCAUUGAUCCUGAUCUGACAAGUGGUCCUGGCAAAAACAACCAAAUUAAACCAGGUAAAAGGCCACUUUCAUCAAUGUGUCCCACAAUCAUCUUGGACAAACAGAGCAAACAAGUCCAAAUGGUGGUUGGAGGUGCAGGUGGGACAAAUAUCACCACAUCAGUUGCUCAGGUGAUCCUGAAUUAUCUGUUCUUUGGCUAUGACCUGCAGAAAGCUGUUACAGAACCCAGAUUUCAGAUCACAAUAAAGGAGACAAAUAUAAAAGAUAGCUUUAAUAAGAGUGUCACUGAUGGCUUGAGGCUGAAGAAUCAUACUAUAUUUCACAAUGCUGAAGAAUCAGUGGUCCAGGCAGUGGUUCAAGAGGGGAACAAAAUCUGUGCUGAAUCUGACCACAAAGAUAUGCCUCUCCAGCCGGAUAAUGAGCACUGCUCCUGUACUCAUGCUGCUGUAGUCAAAUGAGUUCAAUCCAGCAGAAGUAUUCUCUCCAAUAUUGUUUGUUGGGGUGUUUUAUAGGUGCCAAUAAAACCUGAGCAGGUAACAUGCAAAAAAAAAUGUUCAUAAAUAACAUUGUUCCAGCUGCGCUGCAUUACGAUAUUACACAGUCAAGUCACCUUUAUUUAUGUAGUGCUUUAUACAGUACUGAUUGUGAUAGCUUUUCAGUGUCAA